AUGGGUCCGUUUGACUGCACCCGAGACGGCUGCCUCGAAGCUGCAAGCCCUCAUAUUGACUAUUUCAGGGCCAUCAAUUGGUCGAAGACUUCUCUAGGCGCGAUGAACCAAUGGCCGCAGCAUUUAUGUACGAUCGUAAACAUCGUCAUGAAAGACGUCAAUCCUGCGAUGAUCUUCUGGGGCAACGACGUAGUCAUGAUAUACAAUGAGGCUUACAUUCAAGUCCUCGGCCAAGUUCUCGGUGUUUCGUGUAUGGGAAAAUCUGCGAGACUGGCUGUAAGUGAUUAUUGGGGGCACUUCGAACCGAUCAUACAGCACGUUCAAUCGACAGGAGCAUCCGUGAUGACGCACGACUUGCCGCUAUUUCUCGACCGGCAUUCAUUCCUAGAAGAAACCUUCUUUUCGUUUCAAUUCAUGCCGAUAAUGGAUGAGCGUGGUUGUAUUGCUGGGUUCUACGAACCGAUCAUUGAAACCACCAAACACAAGCUCCUUGAGCGAAGGGUGAACUCGCUUAUGGAGGUUGGUGCGCAGACGGCGAAAGCUCGAGACAUCAAAACAUACUGGAACUAUGUGUUGCAAACCUUAACGGCUAACGACAAGGACAUACCUUUCGCAUUGUUAUAUUCUGUCCAAGAGGACGACAGGUUCAAUGAUACUGCGUCAGUAUCCACGACGAGCACGCAACCUCCCAAGCGUUGUCUCCUAAAGGGGGCAAUAGGCGUCGAAACUGGCCAUCCAAUGGCGCCGUCAGAGAUCGAUCUGACUGACACGUCCCAAUUGUUUGUCUCCCAGCUGCAUAGCGUGGCUAAGUCAAGGAAAACGAUGCUGAUGAACAUUUCCGUCGACCAUCCUGAAUUACUGGAGGGCAUCGCGUGGCGUGGAUACGGGGAUCCCUGUUCCGAAUUAAUCAUCACGCCUAUCCUACCUACCAGAAAUUCCGAACAUGUGCUCGGUUUCAUCAUUCUCGGGCUCAAUCCCCGGCGUCCCUAUGACGAGGACUACGAGAACUUCAUCGGGGUGAUGAGCCGGCUGCUCGCCACGUCUUUGGCAUCUGUUGUUUUAUUCGAGGAGGAGAUGCGUCAAAGAGAGGACACGAUUGAAGAAACUACCAAGAUUCAACAUCUCCUAGCUGACAAGCUACUUCAAUCGCAGCGUGAGGUUGAGAUCCGAGAACAGAAAUUCCAGCGCUUCGCCGAGCGAACAGACGUGGCCAUCUUUAUCUGUCUCCCGACGGGAAAGUAUACCUAUCGCAAUCAAAGAUGGUUUGAUAUGUUCAGCUCUGCGGUACUGUACGAAGAUGUUACACAAGCUUGGUCGGCCGUAGUGACCCCCGAAGACUUGAAGUUUUGCGAAUCGGUAUUUUCUGCUUUGAUAACACAACAAGCGGCUCAAACAUUCGAAAUAAAGACGAAGAUGCACUGGACACCACCAAAAGUUUUAUCUUCCCAAAGUCAAACGCAAACGCACUUCGUUUGGGUUCUGUGCUCCGCGUGGCCAGAGAUUGGACCCGAUGGAGAUGUUGUUGAGAUAGUGGGCUGUGUUACUGAUAUAAGUCGACAAAAAUGGGCCGAACGCAUUCAGAAAAUCCGCAGCGAGAACGCUUUAGAAAGCAAGCGGCAAUUGGAGAACUUUAUCGACACUACAUCUCAUGAAAUGAGGAAUCCCUUGUCUGCAGUCAUGCAAUGCGCCGAUGGCAUCAUUACCUCCUACUCGGGAAUCAAACAAACAUACUCCCCCGACCCUACAACCGCUUAUACUCGUCUCAUCGACACUGGAAUAGACGCUGCACAAACUAUCGUGCAGUGCGCCCAACAUAUGAAACGAAUCGUCGAUGAUAUCCUCACCAUCUCAAAACUCGAUGCUGGACUCCUAGUCAUCACUCCAGUUCCUGCGCAGCCCGAAACGGUAGUCGCACAUGCAGUAAAGAUGUUCGAGAGCGAGGCAAGAGCUGCAGACGUGGAAAUGAACCUCGUGAUUGACGACUCAUAUCGCGAUCUGGCCGUCAGCUGGGUAAAUCUUGACCCGACGAGACUCCUACAGAUUCUCAUCAACCUUAUCACCAAUUCAUUGAAGUUUACCAGGCUAGAACCUAGGCGGUCGAUAUCUGUUGGACUAGCGGCGAGCUCGGAGCGACCAGAAAUCUCCCAAGAUGGCAUCAAAUAUGUUCGAACCAAGGCCGCGGACGAAAACUCCGAACUGAUAGAAGAUUGGAUGCGAGGUAAUAACGUCUUCGUUCAAUUUUCCGUACAGGACUCUGGCUGCGGGCUUAACGAAGACGAGAAGGCCAUGCUUUUUGCAAGAUUUAGCCAGGCGAGCCCCAAAACGCACAUCCAUUAUGGCGGCUCAGGUCUUGGUCUCUUUAUAUCCAGAAAACUUGCAGAAAUGCAAGGAGGCGCCAUAGGAUUCGACUCUGCGGAGAAGAAAGGCAGUACAUUCUCUUUCUACGUUAAGGCUCGGCGUAGCAGGCCACCUACAACGGCGCGGCGCGGUUCCAUGGCAUUCCUGGACAGCCAGAGAGUUUCCCAAAGCACGACGAUCACUGGACAUGACACCAGGCCUGGCCUCGUGAGGCAGGCGAGCGAUCUCCCAAACAAUGCUGACGCCAAUUCCGAAGAGCCCAUCCAACAGCCGAAAGGAAUAUCUCAACCGCCACUUCAACAGACCGCCUUAGUGCGCAAAGCCCCCGAGGUUCUCCACGUACUCGUCGUUGAAGACAACAUCGUCAACCAACGCGUCCUAGCCAAGCAACUUCGGAACCUAGGUUGCAUCGUUGAUGUGGCGAACCACGGCGCGGAAGCCCUCGACUUCCUUCGAAAGACUGUAGACUGGAACUGGACCGACUCGGCUGUAGUCGAAGAUGGAAAAGAGCUGUCAGCGGUCCUGAUGGACUGGGAAAUGCCAGUCAUGAACGGCCUCACGGCCGUGAAGAAGAUCCGGGAAUACCAACAAAAAGGCAUGCUGAAGGGCCACGUCCCGGUCAUCGCGUGCACCGCCAACGUCCGUCAGCAGCAAAUCUCCGAAGCAAUAGAUGCAGGCAUGGACGACGUGGUUAGCAAGCCUUUCAGGGUUCCUGAGCUCUUGCAGCGGAUCCGAACCCUCAUUGAGUCUCUGCCGCCAUGA